AUGGGAGUCGUCUCUCAUGGGCAGAGUCGGACGUUCCGCAGUCGGAAAUCGGCCCCUUCGAGAGGCCGCGUCUCCUCAUGUCUGGGCACCCUGUACCAGCCCGACGAGGAGGGUAGGGCGGAGGAGGGCCGGCGUGGACGUGUACACGUACGGCGCGACGGGCAGAGCGAGAGCGCGCCCGGGGCGCUGCACCUGCUCGGCCUGAGGAAGCUGAAUCUGUGGACUGCGUUCGACGCUGACAUACCAUACUGCGUUGAUACUCACACCCGCCAAUUCGGCUGCGGACGCCAUGCUCGGGGCCCCGCCGCGCAUGUGCAGUUCGCGCUGGCCUACCUGCCAUUAGGUGCGGAGUGGAUGUUCAAGGACACGGACCGGCACGCGUACGACGGGUCCUCGGUGGAUCAUCGUAAGAAAUGGAGGAGGCGGUCGCGGCUCCUGUCAGGCCCGAUGGGUUCAUCGGCAGGAUUGGGACGGGAGGGCGAUUUAAGGGGAUAUUUUCUUGGGUUGAUCGUCGGUUGA